ACUCGGCUAUUCGAACAAACUAGGAAUCAACCACACAAAUGGAGGGACACUGUGCUAACUGGACUCUUCUCCUGGUACUGUGCUGCCUACUGCCACCGGCAACUCAGGCUGGCAGACAAAUGCCAAAGCUCUCCGAAAAGAAGCUAUGCGCUGAUUCAGAAUGUAGCCAUCCCAUUCUCAUCGCUAGAGCCCUGCAGGAUUAUUAUCCACAAGACUGUCGCUUCAUUCCAAUCCACCAAGGCCAGUCUGUUUAUGUCUAUUCAAUGCUGAAAGACCGUGGGAAUCUUUUCUGGGCUGGCAGUGUUCAAGGGUCGUAUUAUGGAGACCAGGAGGCUCGUCUGGGAUAUUUCCCGAGCAGUGUUGUUGAAGAAACACAUGUGCUAAUGCCUGCUGAGGUUGAGGUCAAGACUGAUAAAUGGGACUUCUACUGCUACUAAGUUAUUCGGCCAGGUUGCAUGCUUACAGGAAUUUUAACAUAAUUCUUGGUUCCACUCUGCACUUUACAUUGUUUUUUUACAUGUAUUAAAUGUAGUAACUAACCUAAGGGUACUACUCAAUUAAAGAAAACAUUUAGGACUGUGCAGAAGCUUGAUAAACUGUAAAUG